UGAAAAGUUCAGACAACCUUGCGCUUGGCGAGGGUUACAUCCGGUGACGUCAUACAUCCCGAACCUUUCCCAACGUUUCCACUCAUCCGUUGUUUUUCUCUCUUAAUAUGUAAUGCCGAAAUGCUAUCUUGUCAUUUGUCGCAGCUAGUAUGUUAGUGGAGUGGAACCGAGCGAUUUUUUACUCUCAGCUGACCCCCGAAACUCAAGGCUGAUAUAUUUUUGUGUCUGAAGGUUUUUUGGAAGCCACGGCGCAUGCCUCAGGCUGCCAUAUUGAACGAGAAAAGCAAUUCGGAAUAUCAGAAAAAAGGCGAAUUAGGAUAAAUAAAAUGUCCGAAUUGAAACGAUUUCCUCUCUCAGCUUGACAUUACCUGGUCGGGUUGAUGAAUCAUAUGUGGAUGCUAAAAUAAAUGAAUGUACAGAACGUGUUGUGUCUAUCUUCACACCGAGACCGCAGGUAGUUAGGAGCUAACAUCAUGCCUUCCCUACCAAAGCCAGGAAGCUUAAAGGACCCUGAAACUGCAGCUCUCUUCAGCUUGGAAGAUCCGGAAAAAGUUUUUACGGAACUGAGAGAGAUUGGCCAUGGCAGUUUUGGUGCAGUGUAUUUUGCUAAAAACCAAAUCACAAAGGAGAUUGUUGCCAUUAAAAAAAUGUCUUUCAGUGGAAAAAGUUCUGCAGAGAAAUGGCAAGACAUAGUAAAAGAAGUGAAAUUCCUGCGGGACUUGAAGCAUAGAAAUAUUAUUGAUUUUAAAGGGUGCUAUUUGAGGGAGCAUACGACAUGGCUUGUCAUGGAGUACUGUCUUGGUUCUGCAGCAGACAUAAUUGAAGUGCACAAGAAACCUUUAAAACAAGUGGAGAUAUCAGCCAUAUGCCAUGAUGCUUUGGAAGGAAUGCAUUAUUUGCAUAGCCAAGGCAAAAUCCACAGAGAUAUUAAAGCUGGUAAUAUUCUUCUCAGAGAAAAUGGCCUAGUAAAACUGGCUGAUUUCGGUUCAGCUUCUAUGACAUCUCCUGCUAACUCCUUUGUUGGUACACCAUACUGGAUGGCACCUGAAGUUAUUUUAGCUAUGGAUGAAGGGCAGUAUGAAGGAACCGCCGAUAUUUGGUCUUUAGGAAUUACUUGUAUUGAAUUAGCUGAAAGAAAACCUCCAUUGUUUAAUAUGAACGCAAUGAGUGCCUUGUAUCACAUUGCACAGAAUGAUUCUCCCACCCUGUCUCCUGGUGACUGGUCUGAAAGUUUUCACGACUUUGUUGAUUCCUGUCUUGCCAAAUGUCCUGCAGAUCGGCCAAGUGCCCAGAAGUUAUUGUUUCAUCAGUUUGUCAAUACACCCAGAUCGAAUACUGUGAUUUUAGAUUUGAUUUUUCGAACGAAGGAUGCUGUUCGAGAACUGGAUAAUCUCCAGUAUAGACGCAUGAAAAAGAUCUUGAUGGUGGAAAAUAACGAUGAUGAAGCAAAGAAUUCAACCGGGGAGCCAUCUGCUGAUGAUUCUUCUCAGGAUGAUGAUACUUUGAUUGACAGUAGUAAGUCCAAUAGUAUAACCAGUCACCAGAGUGGUAUCAGUACAAGUAGCCGCAGUAGCAGUAUGAACAGUCUUCCAGGACCUAGUGUUGAUGAUAACCAUUUCAGUUUCUCAAGAGAUCACAGUGAUAAGUGGACAAAUUACUUCCUGGCACGCCAUUCUAUAUGUUCAUCUAACCUAAAAGACCAAGUAAGCUGCUCUAGUACAUCCUCCUGGUACUGCACAGACCACUGUCAGCCACCAAGGGCUCUUCAGACUCAUCUCCAGCUUGAUUUUUUUUCUUCCCCCCCCCCCCUCCAGAUGGAAAGUAAAUUUACGGCCGAAAUGGAAGAGCACAAGUUGAAGCUGGAUAAAGAAUACGACCUUCUUAAAGUUAAUUUUAGUAAAGAAUUAGAGAGGCUUGGUAUAAAACAUGCUCAGGAGUUAGAGAAACGGCAACGAAACAAUACGAACCAAGAGAAGAAAUUAUUUAAGCAGAUCCAGCAGUUACAAGAGGAGGAGAUGAAGAAUUUCACCGCCCAGCAGAGAAGAGAAUAUAAGCAGAACAAAGAACAAAUGAAAAAGGAUAUUGAUAACAGUACUCCGAAGAAAGUUCGUGAAGAAAGUAUUCGUUCCCAAAAAGAGUCUUUGCAGCAGAAACAGAAGGAAGAAGAAGAUAAGUUGGACAGGAAGCACAAGAAUUCCAGAGAUGGUGAAGUGCGAAUGUUUCGAAGACGGAAAUUGUUGCUUACUCAUCAGCUACAAACCGACCUCCUGAAAGAGGAAUUAAGCAAGCAAAAAGCACAUUUAGAUCUUGAACACAAUAUGCUAUUGCGUCACCACGAGUCCACACAGGAGAUUGAGUACCGUCAUUUAAGCAGCUUGCAGAAGCUUCGUGAAGACCAGAUGAAGAAACAGCAUCAGACCGAGUUAACGAAUCAAACAGAAUACAGCACCAACGCAGAGCAAGAUCUUCGGAAAAAACAUGCUUCGGAAGUGAAGCAACAACCUCGAAGCUUACGGCAAAAAGAACUCCAAAUCAGGAAACAGUUCCGCGAAGCUGUGAAGACGCAGGAAAGACAGUAUAAAGCUUUGAAAGAACAUAUUCUUCAGAAUGUCCCCAAGAAUGAACAGAAGGGUGUGGUGAAGAAACUGAAAGAAGAGCAGCGUCGUAAAUUGGCCAUUCUCGGUGAACAGUAUGAACAAAGUAUAGCAGAGAUGCUCCAGCAACAGAAUAUCCGACUUGAUGAAACGCAAUUAUCAGAAGCGUCUGAGCUGAAGCAACGUCUGUCUCAAGAGCUGGAACUGCUGAUAGCAUAUCAAAGUAAAAUCAAGAUGCAAAUAGAAGCUCAACAUUCACAAGAACGGAAACAGCUGGAGGAACGUGUCUCGCUUCGAAGAGCUCUUUUGGGACAAAAGAUGGAUGCUGUGUUGAAUAAGUUCUCUACCGAGCAAACCGAACGUCUUCAACACCUGCAGGAGAUGCAGAAGAAAGAAAUUGAAGAUUUUGACUUAGAAACCGUUAAUUUGGGUUUGGAUGGCUUGGACAUCAAACAAGCAUCGCAGGACACUAUGCAUGCUGACGACGUGAGCAUUCGUGGCAGUGUGAUCAGCCUGACGGCAAGUAGUAGCACGAGUUCAUUCACUUCACACACUCAGCUAUAACUGGUUGGCACUAACCUUUGGUCACGGACCAACAGAGCACAUGACCACCACUAACAAAACGGCAUGGGUGAUUGAUUAAGAAGGACAGUAGUAGGAAAAAGAAGCAAAAGUGUCAACUCCUGGUAUGUCGGCUGAAGACGGCUUUCUGUUUUUUUUUGUUUAUUUUUUUUUUCAAUUUUUUUUUUUUUCAAUUUUUUUUUUUAAAUCCCUUCACUUGAACAGAUGCUACAUGUGUGUGUGUGUGUGUGUGUGUGUGCAUGCGCGCAUGUCAUCUGUUCAAGUUGUAAUGAGCUGGAAACAAUAAGAAGCUCCUAGCUGCAGUAGAUGCUACGAAAAUGAACUUCCAUCAUAUCUCUUUGCUAAUUUUUCUUUUCCCCCCUUUCUUCUGUCUUGUAGUCUUUAAAACUUGGAAUACAGCAUUUUAUUUGAAAAUUUUAUAUAUAUAUAUAUAUAUAUAUAUAUAUAAACAUACAUACAUACACACACACCUACAUACAUACACGGUUGUGUGUUUAUAUUAUGUAGAUACACACACACACACACACAUAUAUAUAUAUUUGUACAUGUAUGUAUAUAUAAGUGUAUGUGUGUGUAUAUAUGUAUGUGUGUAUAUGUAUAUAUGUGUGUGUAUAUAUAUAUAUAUUUGUACAUGUGUAUAUAUGUAUGUGUAUAUAUAUAUAUAUGUAUAUAUUUGUGUGUGCAUAUAUAUGUAUAUAUAUACACACACAUAUAUGUAUGUUAUAAAUUGUGUGUCUAUGUAAAGGUAAAAAUAUUCUAUUGUAUCAAAAAAAAAAUCAAAACAAAAUACUUUUAUAUAUUUGGGGAAUAAACUUUGUAAAUACUUUAUCCUCCUCCAUUUCCUCUUUUUCUCUUCCUCUUCCCAUGGCUAUGCCCCUUUCCCAAUCCUUAUUCCCCCUCCAUCCCCCCUUCUAUCCCACUUCUUCCUUUCCUUGCCACAGGAGAAAAAUUAGACAGUUUAACACCGUUGAAACGAGUUUCCUGCUUAUCAUUUUAAUUCUUGCAUCGUUCAUUUGCUUUAUUAUUUUAGAAUAACUUCAGAUUUAUUUUUUAUUCUUUUAUAAUUCGGAAGCAAAAUUUUUAAUGUGUAUAUAUAUAUAUAUAUAUAUAUAUAUAUACACACACACACACACAUGUCUAUAUAUAUUAUAUAUACAUAUAUAUGUAUAUGUUUGUGUGUAUAUAUAUGUAUAUAUAUGUAUGUAUAUAUUUACAUGUAUGCAUAUAAAACUCUUCUAAUGGUGUAACAGUCUAACUUUAUCCAAUCUCUUCCAUUUCUUUAUUUUCUGCUGCCUAUUCUUCAAUUUUUUUCCUCCCUUUAUUCUUCUCCAACUCCACUUACUCUCACCCCGCUUCCUCUUAUUCUCCCUGCCUCCCUUUACCUUACCAUAGUCCUAAAAGUCAAAGAGAUGGUCUGGUUGGCUGAAUAUCGCCUACUGUCUUCUUCUUCUUCUUCUCGUUAUCCACCCCCACACCAUUUGCGUUAUGGCUUUGUUUACGUUUUUUUUUUUGUUUUUUCCCCCACUUCUUUAUGCCUUUGAGUACCUGUUCAACUUCUACUUGCCAUCAGCUCUUACCAAACACC